AUGCUCAGAGUCUAUCUACUCGUAGCCUGUAUCUGCAUUCUCAUCGUUUCGCUGCUCUAUAUCUUCUAUUGGAAUCGUUUCAUAGCUUUGCUCAUUAGUAUCGCGCUUCGUAUCAAGUAUUGGAAGCAGGGUGGCUCUAGCAUAUGGGUCCAAAUAGGCUGGAUCCUCCUCAAGGAUGUUCGAUAUCACUCAAGUAAUCAGACCAUCAAAAUUGUAAAGGCGCAAAUUACAUGGAGGUACUGGCUCCGACAGCCAGCAACAGAGGACGAUCUCAAUCGUGCCCACGUCGGUGGGGAGGAUUUCAGACAGACCUUUCAGUUCCCAUCUUGUCGCAUAAAGGUGUCUGUUCAGGGUUUUGAGUGGUUCUUGUACAACAGGACCGCUGCAUUUGAUAACAUAAUCUCGCAAAUGCAGUCAAAGAUGCCUAACUUCGCCCAACCUCGAACCGAACCCCAUAGGAUAUUUUCGAAAACCUCGGGCUUCGAUGUGUCGUCGCUUUACCCACCAUCUUUCCUGCCUACCAGUGUCAGAACUCCGCAAGUUAUUCAUGCUGCACUAGAUUGGGUAAAACGGCAAAUGCCUUAUCUUGACCCCAAAGACCUUUUGCCGAUAGCUAUCGAGGGGCUCAAAGGUGCAAUUAUAUGUGGUAACCCUUCAGUUCCGAACUGCAUGGUUGUGGAGUUUCAUAGGGUAGAAGGGACCUUCGGUAUUGUGCAGCUGCUGAAUCUGAAAGUUCAGAAUGCGGCAAUACGCAUGGUGGAAAAUGACGCCUUUCAACGUCCGAUGCUGACUAUUGGUCAUGAUGUGCACCAUGGUAUCGAGUCCUCCCGGUUCGCCGAUGUGGUACCUUUGUCUUAUUUGUCGUUCCGAUCCUUCUCAAAGAUAUGGAGGCACCUCAAGUUCUAUAACCUCAUAUUUAAAUCCCAACGGCGUUCUGCUACUCGACGUGCUGUUAGUCACGUCAUUCCAGGCCUCAGAUCUUUCAAGAGUCUGGAUGAGGACAUGCCGGCGGACACUGAUUUCGCGACCUUGGAGUACGCGGUAGAACGUGAGAUUCUCGAAGCUCCGACAUUAGAGAUGUCAUAUUAUGUGGAUGUUGUCGGAGACGCCCCUAGUGGGGAGGCUCAUACCAAUUGCAAAGGCCGAUUAUUUGACAUUGGUAACGGGGAUUUACCUCCAGAGUGGGGGAUUGAUAUCGUCUUACGAAGCGGAUUCAUUCGCUAUGGGCCCUGGGCUGACCGUCAACGAACCCAUCUACAACGUAUAUUUUUUCCAUCGACCUAUCAUGACCUCGAGCAAACGCCUACCCUGAAACCAGGCGACAAACGCAUGUGGACAGCACUAAAUAUUUUUAUAGAACUUCGUGAAGAAACCACCCUGUAUAUUCCUUUCCGAGAGGCAUCUAAGAACUGGCAAUGGGAUGGUAAAGUCGGUAUCCCUCGGCCCAGGAAACGAGAAGCUGCUUCAAUACAUGUUACUGCCGGGGAUAGUUCAACUAUUAGCUACAUAAUCCCUAUGGUGAUUGGACCAAAGGGCUAUGACUCCCGAUUGGAAGUACAUCUUGAUACCCUUACAGCCACAUCCAGCCUAAACGAUAUCAAGUUACUUGUGGCCGAAUCGUGCCGCGUACACGGAGAACUUCCUUCCCCUUUAAAGUGGAAUGACGAGCGACAGUGGGCAUUCAGUGUUUCCCUUCGACAGCCUGUGCUCUACAUUCUUCGUGACCACAUCAACAUGUUCACCGAUCUCUCAAGAGAUUGGACAUCUGGACCUCCAUCUCCGCCGAAUCAAUUUGUGCCAAUGCUCUACUCUUUCGAGCUUGAAUUGCAUCAUUUUCAAAUACACUUGUAUGCUAAUGACCAGAAUAUCAUCGACAAGCCACUCAUUAAGGAGGAAAAUUCAUUGAUCAUUGUACGGGCACCUCGCCUACACUUCAACGUGACGAUACCGUCAAACAAAUAUCGUCCUGAGUCUACCACAAUGCCUUUUUUUCUCGAGACCAGAAAUGUUGCUUACAAGGCCCUAGGCUGGUCACUCAGAUACUUCAUGGUUUUGCGAGACAACUACUUGGGAUCAUUCACACACUUCUCGACGCUCACCGAGUAUCUCGACAAACGAAACAUUCAUAAUCUGGUUGGAGAUCCGUUGGAAAUGAAGUAUCGACCCGAGAAGACUAACAUGCUACAAGCAGAAAUCUCACUUUUACUCGAAAAUGGGUCUAUCCUGUUCCCAGCUGCUUUCCCAGGUUACGAGAGACGUCUGGACAUCAGGGGCCAGGGAUCGAGCGGCAGUAUCGGAGCAUGUGUGCUUCUGGCUAUACCAGAGUUACAACUCGACUUUCGACUGCAUGACUACUUCAUGGAAAUGUCUCUCAACCUCGGUACCUUGACUGGCCGUGUUGAAGAUGACUGCUCAGUAGAUUUGUUUUUGAGAAACGGGUGUCAAUUUGAUAAGGAGAUGUUUAUCAUCGAAGGCUUUUUGGGCCCCAACCUCGUACCCGUACGUCAUGUCAGGGCCACCAUGUCGGCAUUACAAGGCCAAAUACUCGGAGCGACUCUUGACACUUUCCGUCUGAAUUUCACUGAUCUACCCAAUGCUCCUGCUUCCGAAUAUGGCCUACCAGUAGAUCCUGAUGUCACUUUCGUUAAACUAUCUCUGAGCGCUUUGAACGUGACCUUUAUUGCCGGUCUUGUUGGUAUAGACCUGAGUCUGCCUCAGGGGUUAACUAUCCACACUAAUGAUCUGGCUGGGCGGUUUUACAGCAAAAUCAUUAGUUUGCGACUGCCGAGCGCAUCGUUGAGAAUGCUUUUGAUGUCUGGAUCUUUGAAGAAAUCUUGGACGGAAGUGGUGGACUGUGCUCUGGAUCUUAAUCUGGACAUGUAUAAUGCCCCACCUGGAUGGGAAAGUCACGCAGAUGCGCAAAGGGACUUCAUACACUCGCAAGAUACCCCGACUCACCGGGCUCGCUUUCUUUUCGAGCAGCUCAAGAGAAACUCAUUUUCUCCACCCGAAACCAAUGGUGGUGCGGGAAACAGAUGGUCUCGAGUGUCACAUCUAUCUGAAUCUGAGGGAGAAGAGAAUAUCUCUGAGGCAGACCGUGAUGCCCGCCUAGCCAAAAGCCGAUUUAAAGCACCAAUCGUUUCCGGUAUUGUAGACGAAUAUGAGGAGAGUAUGUCCGGUGCAGAUGAAUCCGACAACGAAGACUUGACGGAUUCCGAGUCUUUGGAAAGCGAGGUCUCGUUAUCUGAAAAUCAAUUUCUCGAGUCUCCUUCACAGCGGGAGCAAUCUCCGUUCAUUCUAACCAAGGAUACACAGUACUCCACAACUAUACGCAUUGAUUGUGUCAAGGGGAUCGAAGUACACGUUACACCUCUCAUUCAUUCUGUCGCAUCGAUCCUCCUCGAGGAACUUCAGCAAAAUGUGUUGAGUGCUGAGCUCUCUUUGGAUGCAAUGAUGGCCAGUUAUCUGAGCACCCUUCCCAGCUCGCAGAAACCACAAAACGACACACUUCUUGAUGUUCGUAUAUCCUUAAUAUCCGUACAAAUUCCGGAGCAAAUUCUCGUAGCCGACCAACACUCCCCUAGGGUGGUAGCUGCUGAUGGCAGUUUCCAGCCUACGCAAAAUCUCUUGGGCAUGAUCGAAUUAUUCUCGAGUGGAUGUCAUAUUAUAAGCGGGAAAAAGGCAGAUACAGCCGCGGAGUCAUGGGCUCUGCAAGUCAAAUUUGAGACUACAUCUUUGAUAAUGUGGGGUCUUUCUGACAGGAAUUCACACUCCAAGGGAUCUGUUUCAUCUGAUAGGGCAAUCAAUGUACUGAAACUGGUGUCCUUCCGUGGAGAACUAGCUCAUGGCGCAGUCAGCCUUUCUCUAGGUGAACUCGCGAUCGAGCUUGGGAAUGAAAGCCCUCGUUAUACUACAGCAAUGUACACUGCUGUCAUGCAGGACCUACAUGAACUUUCGCGCUUAUUCGGGAUGUGGCGGCAGCAUACAUUGACCGCAACCCAAAGGUUGAUUUACCAGAUUCUCAUACUUAUCAAGGAUAGACCAGUGGUCGAUCCACUUUCCACCAUUCAGCCAUCGUUCCUCGUUCAAAGUGGCCGUCCCCAAGAAUUACGUACAGAUGCUACUUUUAAAUUCUUCUUUCAUCUUCGUACUAGCCUAGCAUCCUUCGACAGCUCGCGGUCUGGAUCUUUACCUUCCAUCCCCAACCCUGACUCAGACGUGUCGUUGCAAGCUCUGCAGCUUUUAUUGGGAUCAUGCCUCAAUGCGCUCACAUUGGACGUUGAUGCUUCUGAUACAAUCGCAUCAUCACUUCUGAAGAUGUUAUUCCCCGGAGAGACACCCCUGGAGGCUACUGCCACGACCUCCUUUCCCAGCAUAACUGGCUUGCAGAUCGGACGAUUGAAUGUUAUCAUCUACGACGAUCUUCACAAAUCGCCUAGUCAACUCACGAUGACAUCUUUCACAACUCAACUCCACACUUACAAAUUGCCCCAAGCUGCUUUGUCAAGUCGUGUUACAUUUUCUAACGGCUCCCCCCGCGACCACAGUAACGAGAGCAUUCGACAGACAGUUGGAGUUGUUGCUGCUGGUGAUCUCAAUAUAGUUGUCUCCCCUCAUUUGAUGACCUUCGCACAGUAUAUACUUCACAGUCGCAGACAGUUUAUCCCCCACGUUGUGGAGAUCCCCGGUGACAAAGUGGAAGCCUCGAAAGCCCACUUACCUUCUUACAAUGUUUGGUUGGUCUCCCUUCACAAAUUCCAAUUCCAAGCGGCGGCAGAGAAUCUGAUUUUCGAAUUUGGUGGAUCCAAACUUACAAUGGUAUCAUCCACUCUCUCAAAAUUGGCUCUCAGCACUCGUAUACCCGACCAGUCUCAUAGCAUAUCAAUACUUUUCGAUGAAGUCUUCCUUCGUGCACGCUCAAAGCAGAAGGGACUCGGACCGCCUAAUCAAGAUGUACUUGCGUCUCUGACCUUCUCAAAGGGAAAGUUCAACGCACUUGCUCGUCAGGAUCCUUCUUCAAAUAUGCUUUUGCGAUUGAUAGUCUCGUUGGAUAGUAUAUGUCUCGCUGUCCCACGCAGUGCUAUUCGAUUAUAUCGUUUCGUCGAAGAGUGGAGGGCCGACUUUCUCCCGGGCAUGGAGACUACUGUACAAGCUUUCUUAACUGAAUUGAAGAGUACCGAAGCGAAGCCAUCUUCACCCUUAAUUGAAGGCAAUACCCCUGACAUACGCAUCACUGGCUGUGUCUCUACGAUUGGUAUAUCACUGCAAGUCAUGCAUGGGACCUGGCUUUCAUGGGACAUCCACCAUAUGACAACCUUGCUGUCUUCUGGGAUCAGGUCGACGCAUCUAGCUCAGUCUUUCGAGAUACGACUCGGAUCUCAAACUCUGAGCAUAUCGCAUAAGCCUCAGAACUCUGAAGACUUGGUGCAUAGUCCUCACGUAAAAUUACGACUGCCUGCACUAUCGUUAGCGGGACGACGUCACAGCGAAAGCUUUGUCAGCAUCGUAGCUUCGCUUGAUUUCAUGGUUGUCCUCGUUAAGCCUUCCCAUUGGGACACUCUACUCGCCGUCCAGCAAAAAUUUGGACAUGAUUUUGCAGAUCUCGUAGACUUGAUCGAGGAAACUCGCAGAAAGCGUGCUACUUCAAUCUCGCAACGUGUCCACCAGCCUUCGAUGAAGGUAAGGUAUAGUGGCCAUUUAAGGUUGAAGGGUUUCAGAUUAGGCUUAGAAGGCCCGUCUUCUACUUUUUACCUUGGAUGUGAGGAUGUUGGUGGUGAUAUCAACAAUAAGGAUGGCAUGACAUGGCAGAUCAAGCUUUGUGGCCUCACCAUAUCUCUAGACCCUCGUGCCAUCAUUACUCCUCCGGAAACUGGUUUCAACCGAAACCAUAGAUCAGCUUUUGUCAUCAUCGACCUUCAUAUCAAUGCGUCUGCUCAAAACGCUAGUCAGAUCCUGCAGUUUAAUGUCACGAAAAUUCAAGCUGUCAUGCAGCCCAGCUCGAUCGGAGAAGUGGGAGACUUUGUUGACUACCUCCAGAUUGAGAUAUCGGAUAGAAGGGAACAAAGAGCCGCGGAGUUAGCAACAUUCAAAGAAAAAACGAGGACCGUUCUAAAAACUUUCGAAAUCAAGUCAAAGAAUGCUCAAGCUGAUUCAAGGAGUACACCCUCUUGGCUAAGCCAGCACACCAUCAACGUAUCCAUCCAUAAUAUCGGAGUUGCGUUCCCCCUUACCCUUGAUCAGGAUCUUGAACUACCUCGAACAGCAAGUCCUGACACCCCUUCAGUUCGGGCAUUUUUAUUUUCCGUCAAAUAUAUCAAGUUCUCAGCACAGCGAGGUGAAGCUGGCGAGUUGGUCACAAGAGAUCUUUCUUUCCAGUUUGUCCCCCGUUUCCGACAGUCUGUUUCGGGGGACUUCACGGGCGAUAAUCAUCAUACUCGCAAUCGACUGCUGUACCCUGAAAUGACUGCCCAGCAUAUCUGGGUGUCAGCAAAUGUCAGCGGUUUCAUUCUAGAUCUCGACUCGUCCAUUCCAGAUUUUGUUUUCUCGUUGAUCGAUGUCUACCGCCAAGGAAAAGAACGAAUGAUGCGCCUCACCGGUAGUAUCCCCCACUCGUUUACGGGUACAGACCAAAUUCAAACCAUGGAAUUUGAUUCAACUACUGUUGACAAAACGGUCAGCGGCGCUAUUUCUGGGGUACCGACUUCUAUGGCUUUUGCUUCCCUGACUUUCCAAAGUGGCCAAGUACACGUCCACACUGGAGCCGUACCACACCUUUCGCGUGCCAAAUCUCAGUCCCUCGCAUUUUACGACACCUUGGAUGACCAUCUUUCUGUUCAUGAAGCAGAGAGUAUCGAACUCCCUGUUGUCUCUGUUUGGGGGGAAUACCGCGCCUCUAUAGCAACGCACAAACUUGACAGCACUCAACCCUCGAUAUUGGUGUUUAAAAGCACGAUACAUUCCAGUCACAAUACACUAAAGCCGACUUUGUUGCCGUUCAUAACUGAGAUUGUGGAUUAUGUUCAAAUACGGAUGCGAAGGGCUAGUCGACAAAAUACCGAUACAUUUUCUCUGGCCGCGCCGGAUGCUUCAGCCCCAGUAAACUCCAUACAGAAUAACCUUCCACAAACUCCUUCUUCGUUGCAAAUCAAUCUUAGCCUUCGAAUCGAUAAAUCGAAGCUGGAGUUGACCUGUCAACCUGAUGUGAACGUCACAGCCGGACUACGAUGGGAUAGCGGUGGUUUUGUAGUGAACAUAUCCCCUGGUGCACAUAAAGUUACCUUCACAGGAAGUGUGGAUGGUUUAACUGCUGGUCUGAAACAUGGCUUUCUGAGUGAAGAUUGUGUCAAUUUAGAUGCUCGUAAUUUAGCAUUCACAUCAACAUUUGGGAAGACCGAGGAUGAAGAGGGCAACGUUGAGAGUUCUAUUUCACUUGUUCUUGAUACCGAUUUAUCCGGAGGUGUACGUUUUUCUCGGUUGCAAGACGUCUUGUGUUUCAAAGCUGUCUGGUUGGAUCACAUACCCUUAUUCAUCACUCAAACUUCUCUUUCAGACAAGUCACAUCCAUCUGUGCCGCCUCACACCUCUUCUUCAGCUACUCCUGUAUCCAAGCAGGAGCUGACUACCCUAAUUCUGAUCCGCCUACGUCAAGUCAAGCUUGAAAUUGACCUUGGGCAGUCGAUUAGUAACGUCGGUUUCAACCUUCGACGUACCAUACUUCGCAGCAAAUUUUCGGAAGCAUCUUCAGAAUUAUCUUUAUCAGUUGCGGAGGUUACGAUUCUCGCCAAAGGCAACAUUUCAGGCCAUAUACACGUUCCCGACUGCGUCUUCCAGACGAUACGCAGGAAAGAGGGGAGCGUCCUGAAUAGUGGCAAAGCGAGCAGAAUGUUGGAGUUAAUUCUCAUGGAUACCAGGGCGGAGCCACUGCAAGUGGAUAUACAUGAUGACUGGUCGUCAAUCUCACCUGACAUACGAGGGAAAGAUCAUCCCCUCAUCCUGUCCUUUACCGUUGUCGGCACUGCAGUGGUGGCAGUAGCAACAAUCGGGGCAAUCCCUAAGCUGUUAUCAUAUGCUCACAAGUUCACAUCCAAUCUCGACGCCCAGCGAGCGGGUGCAAGUCGCGAAUCAGUCGCUUUUAGGGUCACCCAGUCUCCAAAGCCAGAUAACCCACUAUCUGAGGUUGCAAACGCUAUGUUACACUCUGCCCGUAAUCGUUUCAAGGAAGCCGAAACAGAGCUAUCUUACGUGAUUCGGCAGCAUAUGAGCUUCCAACUAGCUUCACUGAGACUCAUACUGUUCCCUCGUGCGUUGACGGAUCUUGAAAUGGCGCAUUUCAUCGGCUGUGAUGUCCAUGCAAGUUUGGACCGUAUUGUCACAGAUGGCCUCCCGUCUUGGAGAGAAGUAUAUCUCUCGUUCUCAACCAUGACUAUCUCAAAAUUCAGCCAGCCUCAUCAAUUUCUUCCAUCGAUUUCUCCACUUCCAGAUACAAAGGUUUGGCUUGAAUCCUUGUAUACUCAUAUUACGGAGGCAAUUAUCGUCGGCCUGCCAUCGAUGAAGAUGCACAUGGUGACGGAGGAACUGAUUGAGGAGCUCACUAAGGAUCUCGAAUAUGAUUUCCACAGUGAAUUCGUACGUCAACGAGACGGAAAAAAUCCCGAGGACAUUUACAUCACUUUAAAUGUCUCUUUAUAUUCAUGGCUCACAAUUCUGCGGAAAAAUCUGUCGAGGGAAAUGGAACAAAUACAGUCAUCUGUGGACUGGAGAAAUGCUCCCACUAGUAUCCCUGUCCAUGCGCCGCGGAAAAAAGGUGCUGGCAACGCAGAUCAUAUCAGGGAGGAGCCCCAGGGCACAGAAGGCUAUUCCGGGGGGUCUUCUACUUUGUCAACGCCUUCGUCUACCAUACUUGUUAAUAGGCCGUCACCAAGUCAUCGAGCAUCAUCCUCUAUCGAUAUUAGCACCGAUCUACAUGCGAAGAAUAUUGAUUCUCAACUUCCAGAUGCGAAGCCCCAUGUGCUCAAGUAUCCGGUGCCAGAAUCAACAGGUGAUUCUGGUAUGAACAUUCUUCCAGCCACGAAUGUUUCUACUUCGGAGAAGAGGACAAAUGCAAUCGUUUAUAUACCUCGCGAACGCCAUAUUGAACGCCUUACGAUGCGACAAUUGGGUGAAGCAACUCCAGAUGUGAUGCAUCCGUUUUUCAUGAAAAAAGCUGGUUUCAACCUAGAAGACUCUUUACCACAGUACGUUCACGAAUAUGCCACAAUACCAUUGGAGGAGAUUAUGGAGGCACUCCUCAAACUUUAUAGCAAACAGCUACGGACUGAUACAUAGAGAACAAACUUUUAACAUCCAUUUUACUCCUUACAGCAAUACUAAUGGACACUUGUAGUCAGAAAUGUAUUAUGUCGCAUAUAGUUCUUCGAGCUGCUGUCAUUAUGACAAGGUAUUUUUCCGAACAGAAGGAGAUAAUAUGUAUAAUGUUCCACCUUAUUUACCAGAACCUGUACUACUAGCUCCAACGUUGAAAACACUCAGUAAAGCAAAACAGCCAUAGAGUAGUCCGACUGGAUAUGCGACAAGUAGGCGCUGAUCUGACAUCCGUAACACAGCCACGAAAAUCCCGGACGCAGCAUAGGUGCACCAC